CCUCGGCAAGCGCAUAAAUCGCGAGUCCGCUCUUCCGCCGCUCUGAUAGCCAGGCGAGAAUCUGCUCCCGUGCUUGUGCGUCCUGGAUCUCAGAGCAGAUGAUGACGAUUGACCAGGCGAUGGGCGUGUGGUGGUGGGUGUAGUUGUAGUUGAAUUGGAGGGCUAGGAUGUGCGGGAGGCCUAGGGUCGCGAGGGCGUCCGUUUCGCGUGUGCGCGUGUAGGGGGGGAGGGAUUGUUUGUAGCAGAUCAGCGUGGAGUAGGAGAAGAUGUGGUGGCUAUCAGGUUUGCUGCCGAGGGAGGAGGGGAAGAAUGGGGAGGAGAGGUUGGUCGAUUGGUGUGGCUGUGGGUGUGCUGGCACGAAGCGCGAAAGCCGGAGUUCGGCCCAGUCGGUGUCUUCUGGCGAGUAUGUAUUCUGGAAGGAUAGGAUCUCUGCGGCGGUCGUUAAUAGACCAGCGGGGAUUCCUAGUGCUUCUUGGGUGUAGGAUAGAUCCUGGUGCUCGCGCAGCACGGCGUCAAGAUUGUUCGGGUCAAACGCGGUAGGAGUAGUACUGGUUGUAGAAGAAGAGGAAGGGGGAGGAUUCAACGAGGCCAAAGCCUUUGGGGAGAUAUCCGCCAGCAUCGCCAUGAGAUUCAUUUUCU